ACAUUAGAAAGUACUUUGAGCAGACUUCAGAAUAUUCUCCAUCCCUUUCAGAAUUUGUUAGGGAAAAUAUUGAUUUAGUAGUUCAUUCUCCUCCAAAAGGGACUGAUUUUAAUAGUUUAGAUGGUGCAUGGAAAAAAUGGUUUAGAACAACUGCAGUAAUACUUAAUGUGAAGGAGAUUAAUGUUGACACACCCAAUUGGAAUAAUAUUAUUGAAAUGAGACAUGAGGAACGAAUCAGAGUCCAAUGCCAUGGAAAAACUUACAUCAUAUAUGAAAAUGAAAACAAAAUUAUUGGAAAUCAAUUAAUGAAAAACCAGGAAAAACGUCUUGCAAGUCAUCAACAAGAUGAAGAAUCUAAGAUGGUUGAUGAGGAGGGAAUAGAUAACCUUCAGAAAGAACUGUCACCAGAGAUUUUUGAUUAUGUUGAUAAUGAAAACAUUGCAUUUGAUGAUGGAUUUCAAACCCCCCUUUAUCAAAUUGUCUGUAACACAUAUGACUCAGAAGUAUCAAUUAAUGAAAAUAUACUAAGGAUAUCUGCUAUGAAUUUAGCAAAGCUGGAUGAGUCCAAGGAAACAACCAAAAGUGGGUUGAUAAAAAAUAUAUCUGACUGGAUUUGUACUACAGAAGAACUGGGAGUUGUGAAAGAGGAAGAUCACAAAGAGCUAAUAAAGAUAAAAAAAUAUUUGAAUCAAGUUAUGCUUCCAUUUGCCCCAAACAGCAGUGAGUACCAUUAUUGGUCAGAAUUUGGCCAUCGUUUUUUCUUAAGGCAAUUACAAGAAUUUAUAGGUCUUGACUGGAGAGCCAUGGAAAUUCCCGUGCAGGCCUCAAAGUAUCGAAAAAACUAUGGACAUAACCAUGCUAUAGACAAAAUAGUUGACAGAAAGUUGGCAGAUUUAGAGAUGAGAGAUUGUUUAAACAUUAGGAUUUUACAAGCCAUGGGAAAAGGUGACAUGAAUUACAAUAACCGGUCUGUUUUUGGAAUAUUGGGUUAUCUUUUUGAAAUCAAAAUGCUUAUAAUGUGGAAAGAUGGAGUAUAUAUAUAUGAAGAGUAUGGAAGUUUAAACAUUGCUUCCAACCCGGCACAGAUGUCAGAGAUGAAAUCAGGUAUAUUAAGAUUAUUGGAAUUUAUGGUAGGUUACAUUUUAUGA